AUGCAGGGCCCCGACCUCGUCUUGACGUUGAUACUUCUGGCAUCAUCUGUCUUUGCGGUUCCUCAAGCCCUUGGUGCAACGCCAUUGCCAUCGCCAUCUAGCAGUCACCGGAUUAGCAGCAGCCCUUCCAGAUCGCCCAGCAGCAGCUUGCCGAUACGCGUGGUCUCGAGCUCACCAUCUGUGCAUGCAUCCCCUUCCUCGCGGAGACCGUCGCCGUCAAGGCCAGUGUCCUCAUCACCUUCUGUGCAUGUCGCUACACCUGCUGCCGUAUCGCCGUGUGUCUGUGCCGCGGAGACCGUCACCGUCACUUUUUGUCCGGCGGCUUCGCCGUCGUCUCCUGUAGUACAUGUCCCUUCUUCACCUCCUGCUCCUCCUGUUCAAACUCCGGCUGCUGCUGCUGCUUCACCUGCAGCUUCAAGCUCUUCUCCGAGCAUCCGCCCGUCCUCAUCUCGGUUUUCUUCAGUCCAGGUUCCAUCUCGUGUUGCCUCGUCAGUACCCGCAGGAGGAGCAUCACCAUCGCCAUCUUCUUCUCCUCCGCCCGCGGUAGUCGCCGCGGCUGGAAGUCCAAGUCCUUCUCGUUCUCCGUCUUCGCUGCCAGUACAAGUCGCUCAAACGCCACCGGCGGCUGCUGCUGCUGCAUCGCCCAGUAGUCUGGUUGCCGUUGCACGUCCAGCUUCACCGUCGAGCCCGGUUGCUGCUGCUGCUACUCCCACGCCUGUUGGUGCUGUGGCUGCUGCGGCUGCGUCCCCGUCUCCGUCUCCGUCUCCUCGGCCUUCGGUCUUUUUGACUAGGCGUAUUCUACAUAGGCGAAAAGAUGACGAUGGAAAAGACAAGGAUGGAAAAUGCCACAGUGGAAGAAACAAGGACGGAAAAUGCAAGGAUGAUCAAGACAAGGAUGGCAAAGACCACGAUGGCAAUGAUGGGAAAGGAAAAGACGGCAAAGACAAGGGCGGAAAAGAUGAUGACGAUAAUGAUGGAAAGGACCACGAUGGAAAAUGCAAGGAUGGAAGAGACAAGGAUGGGAAAUGCAAAGAUGACCAGGACAAGGAUGGGAAAGACAGCAUAAAGCAUGCCCGGGAUAAUGGUCCUGACAGUAAAGGAAAAGAUGGAAAAGGAAAAGAUGGAAAAGAUAAGGAUGGAAAAGACAAGGAUGGAAAAGACAAGGAUAGCAAAGACAAGGAUGGCAAAGACGAUGAUGGCAAAGACGAUGAUGACAAUGAUGGAAAAGACAAUAGAAAAUGCAAGGAUGGUCAAAGCAAAGACAAGGACGGAAAGUGCAAAGAUGAUCAAGACAAGGACAGGAAUGACCAUGACGAUCAAGACCACCUGAAGCAUGCCCGUGAUAAUAGUCCUGACGGCAAGGGAAAAGACGGAAAAGACCGUGAUGGUGACGAUGAUGAUGACGGUAAAGGCAAGGAUGGAAAGAGUGGAAAGAAUGGAAAAUGCAAAGAUGGAAAAGACAAGGACGGGAAAGAUAGGGACGGAAAAUGUAAUGAUCAAGACAACGAUGGGAAAGACCAUGAUGGAAAGGAUCAUGAUGGGAAAGACGAUGACAAAGAUCAUGAUGGAAAAGAUCAUGAUGGAAAAGAUCAUGAUGGGAAAGAUCAUGAUGGAAAAGACGAUGGCAAAGAUCAUGAUGGAAAAGAUCAUGAUGGGAAAGAUCAUGAUGGAAAGGACGAUGACAAAGAUCACCUGAAGCAUGCCCGUGACAAUGGCCCUGAUGGCAAAGGAAAUGAUGGAAAGGAUGGAAAAGAAAAAGAUGGAAAGGGUCGUGACGGUGAUAAUGACGAUAAAGAGAAGGAUGGCCAUGGAAAUGAUGGAAAGGAUCGUGACGGUGACGAUGAUGGAAAAGGAAAAGACGGCAAAGGAAAGGAUGGAAAAGAUCAUGACGGUGAUGACGAUGAUGGAAAGGAUGGCAAAGGAAAGGAUGGAAAAGGUCGUGAUGGUGAUAAAGGAAAGGAUGGAAAAGAUCAUGGCGCUAUUGAUUAG